AUGCUACUGUUCGUUCCAGUCCUUUUGGGAUUCGCGUCUCCCGCGUCUUCCUUGGCCUUUCCUGGAGCUGUUGGCUUCGGUGCAGUCUCGACCGGUGGAUCAGGUGGAACAACUUGCCAUGUCACCAACCUCAAUGAUUCCGGCUCUGGCUCUUUCCGUGACUGCGUGAGUGCGUCUAACCGGAUAGUUGUCUUUGAUGUCAGCGGGUACAUCACGCUCAGUUCUGCCGUCUCCCUCUCGAGUCAACUCACCAUUGAUGGAUCGACGGCUCCUAGUCCUGGAAUCGGGAUUAUGGCUGGCGAAGUGUCAGGCAGCGGAAAGAACAACAUCAUCAUCACCAAUAUGCGGUUCCGACAAGGCAGCCUGGACUCAGAUACAGGCAAGAGCGCUGUAAAUUUCGGCAAGGCGUCGAACAUUAUCAUGGAUCAUUGUUCAUUUGCGUACGGCCAGUGGGACACCAUCGAUGCUGUCGGAGUAGUCAACCUGACAGUGUCGAAUUCAAUCAUUGCUUUCCCCAUCGGACAACAAUUCGGAGCUCACAUCGAAACUGGACCUUCUACUUUCUUCGGCAACCUGUGGGUGAGCGCUCAUAAUCGCCAACCACUUUCCAAGGACGAUACGCAAUACAUCAACAAUGUUGUCUACAACUAUCAGGCCGCAUAUACCGCGGCAAACACAGGUGGAAGCUUUUCCCACGAUGUGAUCAACAACUACUUCAUCGCUGGUCCGAGCACGACCAGUGCUGGCAAUCGAUACUACCAAAUGAAUGCCAACCAGGCGGUCUACGCUACUGGCAAUUACGGAGAUGCCAGCCUGGAUGGAGUGCUCAAUGGUGCGCAAGAGAACAAGGUCGGGGAUGCGGUGGUCCUCACAUCUCCCUGGGCUUCAUCUUCCACUAGCAUGGUAAAGUGGACGGCUGCUGACGCUGUGACUAAUGUUUUGGCAUCGGCGGGAGCAACGCCGCGAGACGAGGUUGAUGCGCUGGCCGUGAGCCAAGUUAAGUCUUAUGGGACGGCUGGAAAGAUCUAUGGAGAUCAAAAAGACACAGGCUUGUCCAAUGGGGGUUAUGGAACUCUCUGA